AUGGCAGAGAUGAAGAGAACGUUGAGUUUGCAUCAGAUGACGAAGCAACGGAAUCUACGUGGACGACGUGUUUCUCCGCCGUCGAAAUUGAUUGUUAUAAAGGAUCACCACCAAUAUGUGUUGGACAUUCGGAACAUGAUGGCGAUGAAUAUAGGUGUUGGGUUCAGGCCCACAAUUAUAUAUUUUGACCUACCGUAUCCUUUUGAUCUACAACUACCCGCACCCCGCGAAAUAUUAUAUUUAUCUUUUAUCCACAUGUUCCCCUAGCGAUGUUCCACCCGAAGGCCAUUCAUAUAUUCUCUCUCCUGAAUAAACCCCUUCUACGAACUCUCUCGACUCCCAACGAACACAACAUAGGACGUGGCCUACACGAUUUAUGCAUUAAACCGUAAAGAGCGUACUGCCUGCGACGAAGGCGAGGAGUCGCAGAACUUGGUGCUUUUCGAGCACGAAGCCGCUUGCCGGGGCGAUGCACCGAUCCCACUUCCGAGUGGCAAGCAAGUGUUUUUGACGAGCCUCGUCAACUUGGACGACACGAGCAAGUGGACAUCAAAGAAAGUCGAAACUUGUAUUGAACGUGCCGUCGUCGCUGUCUCGCACAAGGUAAGGCAAACUACUGGAUUAGCUCAGAUAUUGUUCCUUCAGAUCGCUUCCUACGAUCGAUUCACCAUGAUUUGCUGUGCACCGGAAAGCGGCCGCUCCACUCGAUACAUCCCGAUGAAACCCGGUUUCUUCCCUCAUUUCGCAAGUAAGUACAGGGAAACAAGUUGCACAAUGACAACAUCAUCUUUAAGACGUCCUCACUGCUGGUUUCGGAAUCGAUGACACAGUUAUGAACAAGACGUCCCUCAUUUCGACGAUCACUUCGACCACUAGAAAUUUUCUGUAUGUUUAUGCGUCCUUAUCCUUGUAAAAGACGACUCAUUCACAGGAACAGGAUGAGAAAGAAGAAGCAACAAGUGGUGGAUCAUCUUCUUGCUGAGUUUCGCGAAGAAAUGCAUUUAUUAUUCGAGUCUCACUUAUUCUUCAUGAAGAAUAAGUGAGACUCGAAUAAUCUUCUUUUUCUAAUCUUCUAACAAUUCAGUCGUGUCGACGAUGCAGUGAUUCUACGUACGGAAAUAAGAUCAUGCUUGGAAUAA